AUGGCCGUUUACAAUAGAAUUAGAGCUCUCUCCACCAAUCCUCUCCGCAAGUUCUAUGUUUUCAGUAAUCAGUUCCAUAGAGACACAUUUGUAAAGCGCAUGGAUGGUGAAACUCCAAAUGAUUACAAUAACAGAGAAAAUAAGAGGAGGGCCACCGAAGAGGGCAUUUCUGCUGAAACAAUUCAGUCAUAUGUAAAAUCAUUGGAUCAACCAGAGUUACUUGAUCUGCUUGUUCAUCCUGCACCUGAAUCCGAAGAUAUUGUCAUGGAUGAAGUUGAAGAUUUGAGACCUUCCAAGAGACAAGUUGUUUAUCAAGAGCAUAAACCCAUGUCUGGGAUUACUUUGGGUUUGCAUCGUGGAAUAUACCAUCAAGGAAAGCUUCGGAUUAAUCGGUACAAUCCAUUUGAAGCAUAUGUUGGAAGUGAGAGCAUAGGUGAUGAAAUAAUUAUACAUGCACGUCAAAACAUGAAUAGAGCUUUUGAUGGUGAUAUAGUAACUGUAGAACUUCUGCCCCAAGAUCAGUGGGAUGAGGAGAAUAACUUAUCCAUUGCAGAUGAAGAGGAUGAGGAAGAAGAUGUUCAUUUAGCUCCAAGCAGUGCUGAUGAUGCCCCUAGAACUACGAAUCUGGUAUCAGGUUUAGCCAGUGACAUGAACUCCACUCCUUAUUGUGGGUCUUUGGAGCCGAUGCCUCUUCCUGCUGGUACAGGAAGCCUUAUAUCUGCCCUGUUUGUCUCCAAAGAUCAUAGAGUUCCUAAGAUUCGGAUUCAAACCCGACAACUUGAGAAUCUUUUGGAUAAGAGGAUAAUAGUGGCAGUUGAUUCUUGGGACCGUCAAUCUCGGUAUCCUUCUGGUCACUAUGUACGAGUCAUAGGAGAAAUAGGUGAUAGGGACAGUGAGAAUGAGGUGGUCUUAAUUGAGAAUGAUAUAAACUCAAGGCCCUUUUCUUCCCAAGUUUUAGCUUGCUUGCCACCAUUACCAUAG